AUGAACAGGUUUGAAUACCAACAGGCAAAGCUUGCCGAGGACGAGCAAUUCGUCAGCAAAGACAAGGCCAUUAAAUUAUACGACGGCGACGAGAAGACAGCAUAUGAAGAUGGGGAAGUAGUGUUGACAACCCACAGAUUAUUCUGGGGUCGACCUGGAGAAAUAGCUCGCGGCUCGACAACUUUGUGCCUUCAGUUACAAUACAUCGUCGGCCUGGACGAGGAAGUUGCUAGUUCCUUCGUGUUUGGUAAAAAGAAGCGUCUUAUUCUAAACUUACGUCCAUUGCUGCCGGGAAAACUACCCGGUCCUAUGGAGAACAGCACUGCCCACUUUGUGAAAUUAUCAGGAAGACACGGUCUUGAUCCCGCCUUCAUGCAAGCCAUACGAGGGACGCUGGAGGCACGAAUUUGGCUUAUACCUGGCGAUGCGUCGGGAAGUAAUGCCUCUCCUAGUCGCGAAAACGCCCCAAGAAUCCAACUGCGUACUGGGAUUGGUGGUAUUGAGCGUGCCAUCGAGGCGAAGCAAAAGGCAACAGAUGAUAGCAUUGCAAUAGCAUUUCAGGAUUUAAAGGCACUCAUGGCAAUGGCGCAAGAUAUGGUCUCCAUAUCGAAGUCAAUAAGUUCAAAGAUACGAGAAAGGAAGGGUGAGAUCUCGGAAGAUGAAACUGUUCAGUUUAAAUCGUACCUUAUGAGCAUGGGUAUUGACGACCCUGUUACGAGAGAAAGUUUCACAAGCAACACGGAGUAUUUCAAAAGCUUGGCAAGACAAAUUUGUGAAAUGAUUCUCGAUCCAAUGGAGGAAGCUGGUGGUAUGAUGUCAUUAGCCGAUGUUUACUGUCGCGUAAAUCGUGCACGUGGUCUUGAGUUACUAUCACCCGAGGAUCUUCUCAAUGCCUGUAAAUUUCUAGACGGUCCCAUAAAACUACGAACAUUUCCAAGUGGUGCGAUGGUCUUGCAAUUAGAGUCACAAGACGAGGAGAUCAUCGCCAAGGAAGUAGGAGAGAAGGUCGAGGAGGCAAAGUCAUUGUCGGUUGAAGACUUGGCGAAAAUACUGGGAAUCUCUAUUCUGUUGUCUAAAGAACAUUUAUUAGCUGCCGAACGAUUAGGGAUUGUAUGUCGUGAUGAAUCGAUUGAAGGUCUUCGAUUUUAUCCGAAUUUAUUUUUACGAUGAUGUAUUGGAAGUUAUAAUGUGAUGAUUUUGUAAAUUGAAAAAUACAAAGAUAUUAACAUAAA